AUGGUGCUUUCAUGGCGCCCACCUCGUAAUGAUGGCGGUGCGGACAUCCUAGGUUACUUGAUUGAAAGAAAAGAGACACAUGCUACUCGCUGGAUGCCUGUCAAUAGAACACUGAUCACUGACACUACACAUACAGUAACUGGAUUGAUUGAUGGUUAUGAGUAUGAAUUCAGAGUAUUUGCAGAGAACGAAGCUGGUGUCAGUCAAUGUAGUGCACCAUCAGCACCAGAAAAGGCAAGAGAACCAGUUGAACUUGCUGAAUUUAUUACAUCACUAUAUGACACCAGAGCCACUGUCGGACAAAAUGUUACAUUUGAAUGUGUUAUAUCCAAUGAAAAUGCUGAAGUGAAAUGGGAAAAGGAUGGAAUCCAGUUUUUCGAAACUGACAGAGUACACUUUGUCAUUGAUGGUGACAGACGUGCCCUCGUUAUCCAGAAUGUUGGUCCCCGAGAUAUUGCUAAAUACACCGCAGUAUGUGUUGACUUGAGGACUUCAGCUUCUCUUUUUGUAACAGCUAUCCCAACACUGGACAUGGAUUCUGUACCUGAUGUGGUAACACUGAAGGCAGGUAAUGUACUGCGUCUCAUUGUACCAUACACUGGCGUACCAACUCCCAAUAUCGCAUGGUACAGGUAUGAUGUCAAAGUCAAAGAAGAUAGAAGAACUCGUAUUGAUUGCUUUGAUAAUAAAACAACUUUGGUUGUUAAGGAUACACUGAGAAGUGAUUCUGGUAAAUAUUCAGUCACAGCAAGCAACUCAGCUGGUAAAAUCACCGCAGACAUCCAUGUAAAUGUUUUAGAUGCUCCUGGUGCACCAACUGGUCCAUUAAUGAUCUCCGAUGUAGGCAAAUACAGUGUCAGCCUAUCAUGGGAACCACCGAAAGAAAAUGGUGGCAGCAAGGUGGAAUGCUAUUCUGUUGAACGUCGUGAGAAAUUUAUGAAGACUUGGAUACUUGAGAGUAACGCUGUAAUGAAUACUUCAUACACAGUGACAAGACUCAAUGAAAAUACCGCGUAUGAGUUCAGAGUUUGUGCUGAGAACAUGUAUGGAGUCGGUCCACCUUUAGAAGGACAAGAACCAGUUGUAUGCAAGAGUCCGUUCACUACGCCAAGUAUACCAGGCACACCAGAAAUUUACCAGAUCAAGAAAGAUCGUAUGACGCUGACUUGGACUGAACCCAGAUUUGAUGGUGGUACUCCAAUCAUUGGCUACAACAUGGAGAGGCAUGAGAGACACAGUCUUAGAUGGAUUAAGAUAAACCCUGAGAUAAUAGAAGAUACCAUGUACACUGUCACUAUGUUGACUGAAGGAUACGAGUAUGAAUUCCGUGUUGCUGCAGUGAAUGCUGAAGGUGUUGGCACUCCAAGUGAAGCUACUUCACCACCAAGGGUUGCCAGAGAGUAUAUCCGUAUUCCAUCACCACCUGGUAUUCCAACCAUUCGUGAAAUCACUCCAACCACUGCCCGAUUGUCAUGGUUACUCCCCAUCUCUAAUGGUGGUAGUCCAAUCACUGGUUACAUCAUUGAAAGACGAGUCAAAGGCAGUUUCGAAUGGACACACAGACAACAUGUUGAGGAAUCACACUGUUUCCUGAAUGAUCUGUUUGAGGAGGUUGAGUAUUCAUUCCGUGUCAGAGCUGUCAAUGCUGCUGGAGAAAGUGACCCAAGCAGAGCAUCAGAACCUGUCAUUGCAGAAGACGUCUCAGCUGGAAUGGCGCCAGUUUUUGUUGAAGAGCUUGUUGAUGUACCAGCGAGCGAAGGCAGCCAAGCAAUGUUCAGUUGCAUCGUUACAGGUGUACCAAAACCAACAAUAAGAUGGAUUCGUCGCGGACAUGACAUAUUUGCUGGACGUCGUUAUCACAUCUUGGAAGAAGAGGAUAAUGUUUACACUCUAUUGAUACCGAAGGCAGGCUUAGCUGAUGCUGGCAUGUACACAGUGGAAGCAUCUAACAGAAAGGGAAAAGCAAAGACAUCUGCGCAACUCAUUAUACAAACACCACCAACCCUUGAGCUAGAUCACAGAAACCGUGAAGUGUCAGCAAAGGCUGGUUCUACUGUGCGAAUAUCUGUGAGCUUUGGUGGCGUACCUAGACCAUAUAUACAGUGGUAUCAUGGAGAUACAGAAAUAAUUGGUAAAGGAAGAUACAGACUGGAAGUGAUGGGUAAUGUCUGUUAUUUGACAAUACGAGAUAUUGAGAGAGAAGAUGAAGGGGAAUACACCAUGACAGUGUCAAAUCCACAGGGUAGACUGUCUGUCUCACCAAAACUUAUUGUACAAGAUAAACCUGGUCCACCAACUGGUCCUCUUAGAUGCUUUGAUGUAGCUAAGGACGCCAUGACCAUAUCUUGGGAGCCACCAAGUGAUGAUGGUGGAUCGUCCAUCCUCCGUUACAUCAUUGAGAUGAGAGAAACUAACAAAGGUUCCUGGUUAAGAGUUGGCACUACACCAUUACUAGAACACAGAGUCAUCAAUCUCAUUGAAGGACAUCAUUAUGUGUUCCGUGUCUGCGCUGAGAAUAUUCAUGGAAUUGGCCAUCACUUAGAAGCUAUGGAGUCUGUAUUAGCUAAGAGGCCUUAUGAUAAACCAGGUCAACCUGGCAUUCCCACUGUGACUAACAUUACAAGAGAUAGUGUUCAUCUGUCAUGGCAACCACCUGUCUCUGACGGUGGCAGUCCAAUCACUGGCUACAUUGUGGAGAAACGUGAAACUACAAGUCGUCGUUGGUUCCGUGCAAGUCGCAGUGAAUUGACAGACACUCAGUAUAACGUUGUCAAUCUUAUUGAAGACUCUGCAUAUGAAUUCCGUAUUGUUGCCGAAAACAGAGCUGGACUUAGCGAACCAAGUUUCUCGUCUAAGGCUGUACUCAUCAAGGAUCUUGUUGAGCCUAUACCAGCCCACUUUGUGAAAGAACUUGAAACAACGUAUGUUGUGUGUGGUAAAGUGGCAACAUUCACCGCAGAGGUUGCUGGUUAUCCACAACCCGAAGUACAGUGGUUCCGUCACGGCAGACAUAUUCAACAUAGUCUCAAAUAUAAGAUUGAAGCAUAUGGUAAUAUUCAUACACUGACAAUCAAAGAUGUUUACAAUGAGGAUACUGGUGACUAUGCUAUCAGAUGCAAUAACAAAGCUGCUACAAUAUCAUCCAGAGCUCAGCUAUUCAUACAAGUUGCACCCAAAGUAACUCCACCAGCUCGUCUGAGAGUACCUUUGGUGUGUGUUCAAGGUGAGAUGGUGAAACUACGCAUACCAUACUCUGGUAUACCAACACCAACUAUUGCAUGGGAUAAGGAUGGUGUUGAUUUGGCACAUAAAGAUCAUUAUGAAAUCAACACAACAGACAAUGAAACUUACCUCACGAUCCGCAAAGUGACCAAAGAGGAUUCUGGUCAGUAUGCUAUCGUAGCUUCCAAUUGCCUUGGGCAUGAUACUGGUACGGUAACGCUGAAGAUUCUCCGGUAUCCAGAUCCUCCAAGGGAGCUUGAAGUGAUGGAUGUAUCAAAAGACUCAGUUCGUCUGUCUUGGUUGCCACCUGUGUAUGAUGGCGGUUCACGUGUCUCGUCUUUCUUUGUUGAGAAACGUGAAGUGGGUACUGAUACAUGGACAAGGUGUAUAACAACAAGGAAUACAUCACAUACUAUCCUUGGAUUGAAGGAACACACUGAGUAUCAGUUCAGAACUAGAGCUCUCAAUCUCCACGGUGAAAGUGAAUCAUCAGAAGUUAGUAAAACUAUAAAGACCACACCACGUUCACCUGAAAGACCUGAAUUUGAAGAUUAUGAAUACAAGCGUAAAUUCUAUGAUAAUCAAGUUGAUUUGGAUUUCUUGCCAUACGAUGUGAUACGUGGCCGACCUGGAUCUGUGUAUGAUCAUUAUGAAAUAUGUGAAGAACUUGGCAGGGGAGCAUAUGGUGUUGUCUAUCGUGCAAUUGAGAAAACAACCACCAAGACUUGGGCUGCUAAGUUUAUUACAGUUGGAGAAGAUGAAAGAAAAGCCGUUAAAAAAGAAAUUGAAAUAAUGUGUCAGUUACAUCAUAAACGCUUAUUGCAAUUACAUGAAGUAUUUGAAACGGAUGAAGAAAUUAUCAUGGUUCUAGAAUUCUUGUCUGGUGGUGAACUCUUUGAACGUUUAAUUGACGAAAACUACGUCCUAACUGAGCCUGAGGUUGUGAUAUACAUGAGACAGUUGUGUGAUGGCAUCAAAUAUAUGCAUGAAAAGAAUAUUCUACAUCUUGAUAUCAAGCCUGAGAACAUCUUAUGUGCAACACGUACUGGUUAUGACAUCAAGUUGAUUGACUUCGGUCUCGCACGCCAUAUGGAUCCUGGUGAACAAAUCAAAGUAAUGUUUGGUACACCUGAAUUCGUGGCACCAGAAGUUGUCAACUUUGAACCUAUUGGUUUACCGACUGAUAUGUGGACUGUUGGAGUCAUGGCAUAUAUAUUGCUGAGUGGUCUUUCUCCAUUCUUGGGUGAUGAUGACCAAGAAACUCUUCGUAACGUUUCAAAAUCUGAGUGGGACUUUGAUGAAGAGGCAUUCGACGAUAUAUCAGAUGAAGCCUUAGAUUUCAUUGAAAAACUACUGGUGAAAGAAAAACCACAACGUAUGAGUGUACAGGAAGCCAUCCGUCAUCCAUGGUUGAAAAUGCAAACUGACGAAGAUGCUAGACGAAAAGCUAGAAAAUUAUGCACCGACAAACUUCGUGAAUUCCAUGAAAGACGUCGCCCACACGGUGCUGGUGAUACAUUACUUGGUAUUGGUAGACUGGCACACAUGGGUAGCUUACAAGCUGUACAUAAAGCAUAUCGUGGCAAGUCACUUUAUGAAAGACUACUAUAUAUGGAUAUUCUUGACGCUGCACCAAGAUUUGUGAUCCCAUUGGAGAACCAAUCUGCAUUGGAAGGACAUGCUGGUAGAUUUGAAUGUGAAGUAUCAGCAUUAACUGAACCACUCAUUACAUGGUAUAAAGACAAUAGAAUGCUCAAGAUUGGUCUAAAAUACAGAAUGUUUUAUGAUGAUCGUCAUUACACACUGGUUGUCAUGGAUACCGGAAUUGAUGAUGUUGGCCAGUACACUUGCAAAGCUGUGAAUUCAUAUGGCAAAGCACACUGCAGUGCACUUCUGGAAAUUGAAUAUAUGGAUGAAGCGGAACUUGAACGACGUGGAGAGAAGAGAGUUGAAGGAUUCAGAAGAAUCAAAAUGACACUUGGUGAGCGUGCAAGAAGACUGCGUUCAUUACGUGGAGCCGAGCUUGGAUUAUCUGAAUUACCACCACAAUUUGUGAAGAACUUGCAAGAUAAGACAUGUGGUCUUGGUUACAUCUAUCCUCUGUCAUUCCAAGUACAUGCUCCUCCAGUCCAAUCACCAUGUAACGUAGUAUGGUACAAAGAUGGCGCUAUGAUCCGUGAUGAUCAUCCGCAUUACAAGUUCCUAGCAGAUCGUAAACUUGGUGUAUUUGUACUAGAAAUACAAGAGACAACUCUGGAAGACACAGGAGAAUAUUUGGCUAAUGUCACUAAUAUUCAUGGCACAACUUAUACCAAGUGUAUUCUUACUGUUGAUCCUGACUACGUUGAUAGAGAAGCAUCUACAGAAAACCAAGAUUUGUUGAAUUAUUAA